UUAAUAGAAGAUUGUAUUAAGGUGGUAACUAAAAGCGAGCGAAUACCGCUCUCAUUCAUCCAUCUAAUCUUAUUUCGAUCAAUCUGAUUUCGUGAGAGCCCCAAUCUGUGGCAUUUUGGCGAAAACAUGGGACCGGCGAGAGAGGACACACCCCUUCUCGGGAAGGAAAGACCUUUGUCGAGCCAGUUCAAGACCUUCGCCAAUGUCUUCAUUGCCAUCGUCGGGGCUGGAGUUUUGGGUCUUCCUUACGCCUUCAAGCGUACCGGAUGGCUCAUGGGUGUAAUCACGCUCUUCUCGGUAGCCGCUUUGAUCACCCACUGCAUGAUGCUUCUCGUUCGCAUCCGCCGCAAGCUUGGUGCCGCCAACAUCGGCUCUUUCGGAGACCUUGGUUUCGCAGUCUGCGGCCCACACGGGAGGUUCCUCGUUGACGUUCUUAUUAUCUUGUCCCAGGCUGGCUUCUGUGUAGGAUAUCUCAUCUUUAUCGGUACUACUUUAGCUAAUCUCUUCAACCCAACAACCAGUAUGACCCUGAGACACGUGUCCCUUAAGAGUCUAUACAUAUGGGGAUGUUUUCCUUUUCAGCUGGGCUUGAACUCCAUCAAGACGCUCACUCAUUUGGCACCUCUGAGCAUAUUUGCCGACGUGGUUGAUUUUGGGGCAAUGGCGGUGGUGAUUGUGGAGGAUGUGAAGAUUGCAGUGGAGCAAAGGCCUGACAUGGUUGCCUUUGGUGGCACGUCAGUCUUUUUCUAUGGGAUGGGAGUGGCGGUUUACGCCUUUGAAGGGGUGGGGAUGGUUUUACCCCUCGAAUCGGAGAUGAAGGAUAAGGAAAAGUUUGGCAAAGUGUUGGCGCUCAGCAUGGGAUUCAUAGCGUUGAUUUUCGGAGCUUUCGGUGUGUUGGGUUACAUGGCCUUUGGGGAUGAAACAAUGGACAUAAUCACAGCCAACUUGGGGGAAGGACUGGUGAGCAGCCUGGUGAAGCUGGGACUCUGCAUCAAUCUCUUUUUCACCUUCCCACUGAUGAUGAACCCAGUGUUUGAGAUCGUUGAGAGACGUUUUUGGAGUGGUAUGUACUGCGUGUGGCUCAGAUGGCUACUCGUCUUAGCAGUGACACUGGUGGCUCUCUUGGUACCAAACUUUGCAGAUUUUUUGUCAUUGGUGGGAAGCAGCGUCUGCUGUGCGUUGGGCUUCGUGUUGCCUGCUUUGUUUUAUCUGAUGGUCUUCAAAGAAGAAAUAGGGUGGAAGCAACAGAUUUUCAACUCUGGAAUUGUGCUACUGGGCAUCGUUCUAGCUGUCUCAGGUACUUGGAUGUCCCUGAGCGAGAUAUUCAACUGGAACUAGAGUUUGUAGGUAGGUGAAAAGAGACUUGACACUGCUGUUUCUUUUCUGCCCAUUUUGACUUCUUUUGUUGGAAUCUGUUUCUACUUUGCAACCAAGAUUUCCAGAAUACUAUUUGUUAUAUAAUUAUAUUGGUAACCAUCCGAUUCAACUGUUACCAUUGUUUUUUUUAUAUAACUUUUACGGUGUUCUUGUUCAA